AUGGCGUCUGGUGUAACAGUUUCGGAUGCUUGCAAGACGACAUACGAAGAAAUCAAAAAGGACAAGAAACAUCGGUACGUCGUGUUCUACAUCCGCGAUGAGAAGCAGAUCGAUGUGGAGACUGUCGGUGGAAGGAACGCUGAGUACGACCAGUUCUUAGAGGAUCUGCAGAAGGGCGGCACCGGCGAAUGCAGAUAUGGCCUGUUCGACUUUGAAUACACCCACCAGUGUCAAGGCACAUCAGAGGCAAGCAAGAAACAGAAGUUGUUCCUCAUGUCAUGGUGCCCAGACACCGCUAAGGUCAAGAAGAAGAUGUUGUACUCUAGCUCCUUCGACGCGCUGAAGAAGUCGCUCGUGGGCGUACAAAAGUACAUCCAAGCGACUGACCUCUCGGAGGCCUCCCAGGAAGCCGUGGAGGAGAAGCUCCGCGCCACGGACCGUCAAUAA